GUGAAGCAGCAGCUAGGGUUUAGUUGUAGCAGCCGAAAGAAAGAGGAAGGUUGUGACCUUUCUGUGAAUAGGUGCGCUGCAAAGAUGCCAGAGAAAUCAGGGAAAGGAAGAAAGGAGGAGGUUGUUACCAGAGAGUACACCAUCAACCUCCAUAAACGCUUGCAUGGAUGCACCUUCAAGAAGAAGGCUCCAAAGGCCAUUAAGGAAAUAAGGAAGUUUGCUCAGAAGGCCAUGGGGACUACUGAUGUUAGAGUUGAUGUUAAGCUUAACAAGCAUAUCUGGAGUCGUGGUAUUAGAAGUGUCCCAAGGAGAAUUCGUGUUCGCGUUGCACGGAAGAGGAAUGAUGAUCAAGAUGCCAAGGAAGAAUUUUACUCCCUUGUCACUGUUUCAGAGCUACCUCUAGAGGGAUUCAAGGGACUUGGCACCAUGGUCAUUGAUGACAAAGAAGAGUGAAGUAACCUGCCUCCGUUUUGUUAUUAGUUUAAUUUCAGUUUUGGCCAUAUCUUUUGAUCAUUCUAGUGAAUUUCAUUUUGUUUUGGAUUUUUUUAAGGGAACAUCUUUACCAGAGAAUAUCUGACUUUUAUUUAUGCCUUGAUAGUUUUAAGUA